UGCACACCGAGGUCUAUAAACGAAUGCUAUCAAUUUACUCACAUUUUGAGAAACGUUCUUCCGUUGCCUCAGAUGUACAUUCAAGAGAAAAUCCCCAUGGACCAGAAGAUGGCCCUAGUCAACAUCUUUCCCAAACUCGGGGAAAACGCCACCGUGAUUGAAAUCCAAGUGGAAAGAGAAAAUGACCGUGUGUGUGUUCCUGCUAAACUCAUAGUAGUGCCGGCUGCCUGUUCUAAGCUUACUGCUGAUUCAAAGGCUAAGCGUUAUUGCUAUUUGAGAUUUGUUGAAUCCUAUGUAACUGACCUGAAUCUGCUGAUACCCUUGGAUUCUCGUGACACAGUAGAAGAUGAAACGCAUUUAUUACGAAAAGAAGCCUCAGCUUUUCAUCGACUGUGGUCCACUCUAGUGACUUUUCAUGAACUGUUGUCCUCUCUAGUGGAUUUUUAUGAAAAGUUGUCCACUCUGAUUUUUGAAUAA